AUGAAGUUUCCCGUGAGCUUAUUGCUUAAUUUGAUAAUUUGCGUGAAACGUAAAUUUGAUCCUAUUACAACUCGAAAACGCUCCUGGUGCGACUCAUCUAGGUUGAAACUUUUAUUUCUUGAAUUGAACUCAAAAAAACAUUCGCAGAAACUAAAUUAUUUUUUAUGAACUACAAUGAACCGAGAUAUAAAGCAAGUGGAUAUAAGUUUUUAAAUUUCCUGGGAGAAGAUGGGAUAAUUUUUUUUAAAGCGGAGUGGCCACUAUUAAAACCCUUUUCAACAUUAGAGAAUCAUUGUAAUAGUUCGUAAAGCAUACAAAGAAGUUAAAAUUUUGGUCAGACUUGGGGCCUCCUGACUUCAGAACAAAAAAAAAUUAGAAUAUAAAUUCAUUUUUAGUUAUCACGUGUUAAAGGUCGCAAACAACAAAAUAUGAAAUAAGCGUUAUUUGGAUCUUUCAAGACUCGAAAACAAGAUUAUCUCACUCAAAAAAAAAGGAGGUCCUAAAGUACACUUCCGCUAAGUUUAAUCAAAAGUCCAGCUUGUCAUACCUUUCUGAUCAUUAACUUGUUUUUGAUUUCAACAUUUUAAUUUGAGAAUGACUAAGAAAGGUUCCAAGGAACUCCAACUAGCUAUACACAACGCUGCUCAAAAAGGAAGUGUGGAAGAAAUUGAGGUUUUUAUUCUCGCAAAAAGUUUGUUUUAGUCUCAAACUUGCAGUUGCUAAUAAAUGGAAAAUGUUUGCAUGUUGUUGAACAAUCCCUGAACUUGCCGACAGAGAAUAUUCCCUUGAUAGCGGCUUGCGAGGGAGGUUUCCCCGAUGUCGUAAGAUUCUUGGUACGAUUUUCCGUAUUUCUGGCACAGUUCCAAGCUUUUUUUGAGAUCCACUUGGGAUCCGACCCAUCUGUGUAUCCUACCUUUGCUCUUUUCUCGGAUACAGGUUAUUUUGAACCCAAGAAAUAAUUUUAACACACUUUUCAAAAAAAUUGAAAAUUUCAAGUACCCGAAACGGCACUCAAUUUGGCUAUCAAGCAACUCGGCUCCGAUUCAUUAUUCCAAUUGUACGAGAAAGAGCGAGAAAAAUACUUUGAGGUUUUUCUAUAAAAAGGAAGUAUUUUAUCAAAUAGCUAAGGUGAUAAAAGUGCUUGUGGAAGAGGCAAAGGUCGAUUUGGGAAAAAAUGAGGCGACCCGAGUUGAGCCGCCUUUACUCACGGCUUGUGCACAGGGGAAUUUAUUCAUCGGUAUGGGUUUCUAGAGAAAAAAAAACCAUUACGAAAAAAUAACUCAAUAGUCGAGAUCUUACAUAAGCAAGUACAGGACUCAAUUUGUACAGGAGGGGUUGAUUUACGAAAAUUGAUCAAAACACCGAGUAAAGUUGAGGGGGAUUCAAAAAAAUGAAGGACUAAGCUUACGGCGAUAGUGUUGGCAACAAUAAAAACAAGCUUCAACCUCAGGGAGGUAGUAAUGACUUUAUUUUCUGAAUACUUGAGAAGAAGGGUUGGCGGUCUUUAACUAAGGUCUAUGAAUUUUCCUAAAAACUUCAGAUGAAAAGAAAAAAGUGAGAUUUUUGUAGACCAACAUGUGGACGAUAUUAUCUAUAACUUUCUUUUCUUUUCGUUUUUUUUGAACGUUGUUUUUAACCCAUAUUUUUCAAAAAAUGAAAUUUGAUCAGAUUUUCGUGAACCUCGAGGCCAGCUCUAUCUAAAAGAAAUUCGGCUUUUUCUUUUUGAGCCAAGAUUUUUCCAUCAAUCAGGCUAAUUUUAAAUCACAAGUCACACUUUGUUAAAAAGUUAUUUAAUUAAGUUAUACCUUGAAAAAAAUUAUGUCAAAGUUCUUAUUUUUCAACCUGAGCAAAUGGAGAAGCUUCUCUGACUUUGAUUUUGACCCUCGAUUUUUCGGGCUCCUCAAUGAACAAAAAUAAUAUUAUAGUGAAAGAUAAACUUGAACUUGUUCACUUGGUUAUAGAAUUUUAUAGAACACAUUGUAAAAAGUACACAAUUUGAGUCUAGAGAAAUAGAUUUAAAAAAACUCAUGUAAUAAAUAGAUCUAAAAGGAUCAUAAGAUUGGGCUUUCAGUUUGGUAUCUAUGCGAACAUGGCGCCUCCGUUCAUGACCAUGACUCUAAAGGAUCCACGGGCUUGAUGGUCUUCCCGUGGGACUUGUGUCCGAUUAAAUCGGUUCUAUCAAUAUAAAUCUCACUUUAUUUCCAAGUUUUCAGUUCGAAGUUUGUAUGUACCUCCUUCAUAAAGGCAUUUCUUUGGAUGCCACCAACCACGAUGGUUUUUUUUUUUGAAAACUUAGAGUUUUUUCUUGUACUUCUUAGUGCGUGGGACCAUUAUUCAUUAAGAGAAAAAAAUAGAAUUAAGUAAUACAGCUCCUUGUUUUUUAUCAAAGACUUUCUCUCAUUUUUUUGACAGUUUUUUUCUGACGAAAUUAUUCUUUCACCUAAGGCUGUUUUUAACUUGAGUUUUAACUUGAAAAUUCUGAAAUCCUUCAGGACAAACGGCACUGCACAUAGCUGUCCUGAACGGAUCAUUUUUAAUCACUAAAGUACUUUUGAAUCACGGCGCAAAGUUCAUCCAGGAUAGUUAUGGCGAGACGCCGCUGACCACUGCUGCCCUGUACGGAGAACAGAAAGUUUGAAAUCUAUUUGAAAGAAAGAAACCUUGUCCUUUUCACAGAUUUUUGAUCUCUUGUUGGGUCACGAAAACGACUUGAAAUUGAAGCGAGGCGCGAAACUUUUGUAUGCGACCAGAGCGGUGUUGGAGCAAUAUGAUGAAACGAGUCUGAAUAUUUUGAGAGAAGCUCUCGAGUCACCGAUUAACCUGGAGGUUUGGCAUAGGAAAAUAUUACAAUUUAAAAAAGGUAGAAAAUUUGGAAUUUGAACGUUUUUUCUUGUAAUUGAAUUGUUUGUUUCUCUUGAAAUCCAUUUUCAAAACCUGCCUUUUUUAGUUUCGAUUUGCGGAACCUUUAAAAUUUUCAACUGGGGAGAGGCUCAAAACAAGGCCGCAGAAAGGUAGCAAAAAGAGUCCCUUUAUCGAGUUUCCCAUUUUUUCUGCGAUUUUAAAAUAAGAGGCAGCAAAAAUGGUGCAUAAAAGCUGAUGAAAUGGCGCAAAAAGGUAGCAAAAAGGAGCAUUUUUAUGAAGCCUUUUUUCCAACUUUUUCCCUUUGCCUAUGUAGAGACCAAAGCUGUGCUCAAAAUAAUUGAGUGGAAAAACAAAUCGUUCGAACCAAGAGUGUGUUUCGCAGGAACCUGCGGUAGAAUUUGCCGAUUUGAACCCGGCCUAUGAUUCCCUCCAAGAGGCUCGCUCUUACAGCCAGUUCGAAUCCGCUGAAGACCUUGAAAGAUUCGCAAUCAUGCAGGUUUCCCACCAAUUUUCUAAUAUCUCAUCCAUUUUCGAUUUUUCUAGUGUUUUAUCAUCCGGGAAAGGAUUUUGGGCUCGCGGCAUCCUGAAGUUCGAAGCGAACUGAAUAAGUAUAUAAAUCAAAAUCUAAUGACGACUUAUCAGCCACGGUAAGCUGAGAAUUUUAAAAGUUAUGGGAAUUGCGAAAAUUUUAGUGACAACGCGAUUCGUUGCUAUGCCCUUUCUCUGUAUCAAAGGUAAAGUUUUUUUUUUUGCAUCAAGUAAACAUUAGUUAUUCAAAAAGUGGUCCAAUUUUCUGCGUAGAAAGUCGUUUUUUCAUCUGAAAAGUCGUUUUUAAUCGAGACGAGAUCCGAUCCAUUCCUGCAUCUCGAGACGAGAUCGUCAAUUUUUUUGAUCAAGACGAGAUUUCGUCCCGAGACAUAGUCUGUGUGCCACGACUUGAAAUUUCACGGAACGGCAUUCCGAUAUUCCGCUGCGUGCGUUCGCGAAGCGUCUUUCGAAUCUGGAUCACCCUUUCAAUUGGUUGUUAUUGCUGUGGGAGCAUAUGAAAGUAGAGUACUUAAUAAAAGAAAAAAAAAAUUAAAAGCGCGACCAAGGUUCGCAAAGGUGCGCAGCCGAACAGCGGAAUGUCGUUCUGUGAAAUUUCAAGUCGUGGCACGCAGACUAUAGCAGUUAUACUAUCCUAAUGCAAAAAUGUAAAAAAGAAAUGAAAAGAGCUCUCAAAAUAGUCGCUGACGGUUGAAUUUAAUUUGUGCCAAGGACCGCGUGCGCGCGCGCUACGCGUCCAGCUCCCUUCUCCGCUUCCUUCACUUUUCAAGUCGGGAAAAAUGACGAUAUUUAGUUGUCUGGUGCCGAGGUCCGAGUUUGAUCAGGUGGCUUCAUCAUUCUACCAAUGGAUCGAAAGCUCACAAGACCUUCUUGAAGAGGCUGGCCAUGAGUUAGAACUCGCCGGCGUCAUAGAAGUUGCCGUAUUUCUGAUCCAUGAAGUAUGCAAGGCGUUGGAAGAAGUACGUUUGUGAAAACCGCGCCGAUGUCUGAGCUCCAUGGUAAAUAGCUGUAACAGAAAAUUCAGGAAGACCAUUUUCAAAAAAAAAAGUUAGAGUUUAGUUUGCUUUUGGUUUGUUUGGCUGUUGCUGCUAUUUUGUCGGAGAUACUUCUUAUAAACCAAAAAAUCCCAAUAAAAUGGUUUUUUUUUCAAUCUAGGCUAACCAGGAACUUAUCUCGAGUCACGAGGACUUGACAUCUAUUUGGCUAAUAAUCUCUGACGCGAAGUACGUCUUAAGACUGGUUUGACGUCCGACUUGGGCCUUUCGAUGACAAAAUUUGAAGAUCGCUCACAUUGGAUGCGAAUCAUUCCCUUUUUUGUUUGACGAUGAAAAUCCUCUUGGCUGCCUCGGGAUCAAUGUGAGCUCCAACUUUUUUUUUCUUGUUGAAAUCAUCAACUUUUCAUUCAGGUUCCCCGUUUCGUGAAACUCGUGGCCGAUCUUGGUUAUUCAGUCUUUCACAACGUUUACUACUUUCCGGAUCAGUGGUUUUCCUUUUUUUUUUUGCAGUUUGCAAAACCUUGGUAGUGUAGGUGAAGGCCGCAGAUUCCGAAAGUGCCGUAAAAAUUGUACAAGGCCGGUCCGCAAUGCGCCGUCGAGUGUAUGCGACGUCUAUUUAGAAUCCGCUUUUUUUCGCUUCUUCCUUUCUUACUUUUGCUCAUGUACGAAACGGCCAGCACAGAUGUAAAAAGAGAAACGGCAUGUCAAUUUUACAGAAAACAUCAGAGCAACGGGUAGGUCCCCUCAGACAGUGAAUAAAGCGAGGAGAUCUCCCAUCUAAAACUCUCCAAGUCCAUUGCUGCAUGCGCUCUAGCCUGUUGGAUCUUUUUUUUUAAUUCGCGCUGGUACGCCGUUAUUUUGAAAAAAAAAAUUUUUUUCUAUUGUUCAAUAUCAAAAAAUGGCGCGGAAAUUAUACAAAUUGUCGAAUAAUGUGUACAAUGUGACAAUAAAUAAGCACUGAUAGAAAAGAGCGAAAAAAUAGAAGCUCAAAAAAACGGCGCAAAAAAACGGCAUCUGCAUACACGCGACGGCGCAUUGCGGACCUGUCGUACACUCGCUUGAUCUCUGAACUGGAGCACCUAAAGGCGCACACAAGUUUUUCUCUGCCGCAUGCUAUUUCUACACUCUCUGACUGCGAGAAAACGACGAAAUAUCAUGCGGCAGAGAAACAUUCGGGCGCGCCUUCAGGCGCUCCAGGUCAGAGAUGGAAAUGAGCUUUUUAGUGUUCACUUGAUCGAGAAAAAAUCAUUGGAGAAAUUUUAAAAGUUUGCAUUGUCUUCCAAAAAAUUCUAGAAAGAUUUUCAUAAACUUUCUCCCAAUGGACCUCUAGUUGAACACGCCAAUUGGAUAGGUCCCUCAAGUUGGUUCCGAUUUUCGUUCAAAAUGGAGCCGAUAUCAACGUCAAGGAUGAAGACGGUAGAACGGCUCUGUCGCAGAUCAUUCAUGAACAGCGGAGUAGUUCGGAACCAGAAGUCGAGAAACUAUCAGCUUCGGAUUAGUUCCAAAAUACUGUCAUUACCCCCGGAUGAUCGAAAAAUUUUGAAGUCUGGCUGUUGUUCGCGAGUUUCCUGGUGAACGGCUCACGUCUUUUCGUCCCAGUUUCUUUGGAUCAACGCGUUUUUGAUUGUCUCCAGGAGGACAAUAAACUCGCUGAAAAGGACCCCAUACCCAUAGGUUAGUGUUAAAAUUGCUUUCAAAAUUCAAGAAAAAAAUUUUGAAUUUUUAAGGUCAGUUCAUCACCCUCAAGGAUAUUUGCAUAGAAGUCGUCGAAGCGAACUACUCUUCGAGUUUUUUAAGAAGAUUUUUGUCAAGAAAUGUGUUGCCAUAUAUCGAUGAAUCGUAUAAAUACUUCUAA